AUGAACUGCGUGUCAGAUUUCUUCACCUACGAGACCACCAAGUCAGUAGUUGUGAAGAGCUGGACCAUUGGGGUCAUCAACCGGGCAGUCCAGCUUUUGAUCAUCUCCUACUUCGUGGGGUGGGUUUUCUUGCACGAGAAGGCUUACCAAGUGCGGGACACAGCCAUUGAGUCCUCAGUCGUUACCAAGGUGAAGGGCUUUGGACGCUAUGCCAACAGAGUCAUGGACGUGUCUGAUUAUGUGACCCCACCCCAGGGCACCUCUGUCUUUGUCAUCAUCACCAAGAUGAUAGUCACUGAAAACCAGAUGCAAGGAUUCUGCCCAGAGAGCGAGGAGAAGUACCACUGUGUAUCAGACAGCCAGUGUGGGCCUCAGCGGUUCCCAGGCGGGGGUAUCCUUACGGGCCGGUGUGUGAACUACAGCUCUGUGCUCCGGACCUGUGAGAUCCAGGGCUGGUGCCCCACCGAGGUGGACACAGUGGAAAUGCCUGUCAUGAUGGAAGCGGAGAACUUCACUAUUUUCAUCAAGAACAGCAUUCGAUUCCCCCUCUUCAACUUUGAGAAGGGAAACCUCCUUCCCAACCUGACAGCCAGCGACAUGAAGACAUGCCGCUUCCACCCUGACAAGGACCCCUUCUGCCCCAUCUUGCGGGUGGGGGAUGUGGUCAAGUUUGCAGGGCAGGAUUUUGCCAAACUGGCCAGCACGGGUGGAGUCCUUGGCAUUAAGAUCGGCUGGGUGUGCGACCUGGACAGGGCCUGGGACCAGUGCAUCCCCAAAUACUCCUUCACCCGGCUUGACAGCGUUUCUGAGAAGAACAGCGUCUCCCCAGGCUACAACUUCAGGUUUGCCAAGUACUACAAGAUGGAGAAUGGCAGUGAGUACCGCACACUCCUCAAGGCUUUCGGCAUCCGCUUUGACGUGCUGGUGUACGGGAAUGCUGGCAAGUUUAACAUCAUCCCCACCAUCAUCAGCUCUGUGGCCGCCUUCACCUCCGUGGGAGUGGGGACUGUGCUCUGUGACAUCAUCCUGCUCAACUUCCUCAAGGGGGCCGACCAGUACAAAGCCAAGAAGUUUGAGGAGGUGGACGAGAUGACGCUGAAGGUCACGGCCUCGGCCAACCCAGAGUGCUCCAGCGACCAGACCACCGAGGAGAAGCAGUCCACAGAUUCGGGGGCCUACUCCAUUGGCCACUAAGGCCUCUGCCAGGGCCCCAAGCUCAUCCAUGGGCUCCAGGCCUCCCGAUAGGGCACCCCACCUGGGCAAGGAGGGAUGGACAGGGGAGGGGCUUUCAUUUCUGCUGCUCACCCCAGGAAGCCAUGCUGGACCCAGGGGUCUGGGCCUCCCAGUGUUCUGGCAGAGAGGUAGUACCCCCUGCUAAGACCUCCAUCUCCCUUCACCCUUUGCCUUGCCCCUGUCUGCCUCCCAGGACCCCCAGGGCAGCAGCCCCUGAGUUGUCCCCCUUCUGAAGAGUAGAGAGCAUAAUAGUAAUAGCAAGUGGCCGCAAGGCAUUGCCAAAUGCCGGGCAGCGUCACACACAUUAUCUCAUUUAACCCUUAGAGUCAUCCUAUGAGGUAGUUAUUAGUUUCCCUGUUUUGAAGGUGCACUGAGGCCCCGAGAGACUGAGUCAUUUGCCCAAGUCCACACAGCCAAGAAGCAAGAGGACUGGGAUUUGAACCCAGAUCGAACUCCAUCACCCACACCCCACAAGAGAAGGGUGAGCUCCCAGGGGGUGGCCGCCCCUGCUGCUUCAGCCUCCCCCAUGGUGACCAGGAUUAGGUUUCUUUUAAUGAAGAGUGAGCCCCAUGCUUUCAGCAGGAACUCAGGCCCUGGUGUAGGGAAGACCAGUGAGACAGGGAUGCGGGUGGACCUGACUUGGGUGGAUCCCCAGUUCAGAAGGAAACAGGAGGCAUGACUUAGCUCUGUACCCAGCCAUGGGUCUCUCUCUGGGACCCCCACAUAAUCCCACACAU